AACUUCAAAAAAAUCAGCUACGCAAAAUGAAUACAGCCAUGGUCACACUGUUCAGUCUAUUUAUUCUCGUGGCCAUAGCACAAGCAAACCCAGUGAGUUAUGAAGAGCCAUCGUCAACUGCCCAGACACUCAAGGCGCUCAACGGAGAAAAAUCUAACCUUACAGGGGUCAUAUCCAGUAGUGAUGAACCUAAGAAUCACACCAGAGUAAAACGAUUCGGAUUUUUAAUGAAUUUAUUAUAUAGACGACGACUACUACUACUUCAGCAACAACAAGCUUUACUCAAUCCCCACAUCUACAUCGGUAAUGGACACAAUAACGUUAACAAUGUUGUCUUACAUCAAUCACCUUAUUAUGGGUGAAGAAAAUUCAAUCAUUAUAGCUUGGUAACUUCGUGCGUAACACUCCCGAUGUUGCGCGCGAGGCGGGGGGUGUGUAGCGAUGAAUGAAAAACCAACGACUGAUGCACGUCACUUCCCCGCACGCACGAUAUUACACCCGCGCAGUCUUUCCGCCCGUCGCCCGCAUAUCAUGGGAGUGUUAUCAACGAACUAUACACAUUUAAGUAUGACAGUCAGGUGGACAAUUCGUUGUCCACCUAUGUCAUCCACUGUUAUUCACUAUUUUUGACUUAUGCUCGUUCGUAACACUCCCGAUACCCCGCUCGCACGAUACAUACCCACGCAGUCUGUUCCCCCCGUCGCCCGCAUAUCAUAGGAGUGUCAUCAACGAACUUGCCAAGCUAUAACAAAAUAUGUCAUCCGGUGCUUACUGGUGCAUAUCUUGUACUAGGUAGAUGACAUUUUGUCAAUUUAUUUGAUGUUUGUUUUAUAAUAAUAAUAAGCCCUUUAUACUGUGAUAAGAAAUUACAUUUUUUACAUCUAUUGCAUUAUGUUUUAAUUUUUUUAAAGAUUUUCUUAGCACAGUGUGCCUUUCGGCAUAAGCCUCCUCCAGCUCGUAGGUGUUAAAGUUUGGUAGAUUCUAAGUGAUCUGGUGUUUAGGGUUUCGAUUUGAAAUUCCUCCAGCUAGAAAAAACAAAAGAUGUGAAACAUUUCAAAUCGAUUUUAGAAUUUAAACUGUCGUGAGUGUUAUUCAUAUUAAUUUUUUAAUCAUUGUCAUUUGCAAGAACCAGCUCAUGACUAAGGGCCCCGUAUGGGUUCGAAACCACUCGGGCAUACUCCGACCUAAUAUCACGUGAGUUUUAGCCGUGUUUCAUAAUCAAUUAAUAUUUCAAAUCGAUGUUUGUUUUAAUAGGUUUAUAAUA